UCCGGGGCGCCAGCACAGCCGGCCGCCAGCCGGGUCAGCUGCCGGGAAGCCGGCAAGAUGGUGCUUACCAGGUCGGCGCGGCCACGGGCCAGCAUCCAGAAAACGCCGGCGGAAAACUCAAGGCAGAAGAAUUCUGCAGCUAAAAGAAAUGAAGUACAUCCAGAAGGUGGAAAAGAAACUAAGUCUAAUGAUCCAAGAACUGCUGAAUCGCAGGCUCAGACCACUGAGAAACAAAGUCCAAUUCGAAAAAGUCCUCCUAGGUCCGGAAUGAGAAAGAGCAGAAAUACAAGUUCUCAACUAGAAAGGACCAAACCCUCUAUUGAAGGAGAGAUCUCUGAAGCAGAGUCCGAUUGUUCCUCUGUGUCUGAGGUUCAGGAGACAUUUUUAAGAAUAACUAGGAGAAGGCAGAUUUUAGUUGUAUGCCCCCGGACGCCUAGCGUGAGGAAAAAAGUGAAAGAUGCUCCUAUAAGUCAGUCUAAUACUGAGGAAGUCGUCUCUGAAGCAGAAUCACAUACUUCAGGUAUCUCUAGAAUUGUGACCUCCACAGUAAAAUCUACAAGGACUAGAAGAAGUAACGCCAAAUCCUUAAUAAAUCCAAGUCAGGAAUCAUAUGUGGAAGCAAUUUCUGAUGCUGAGUCAUCAUGCUCAGAUGUUUCUUCAUUUUCUGGAAUUGCAACUAGGAGAUCAACUAGGAGUAUGCAGAAAUUACAGCCUGAGGAACAAAAUACAGUACUAAGAAAUGAAAAGCCAAACAAAGAAAUACCUGUGAAUUCAAGAGAUUCAGAUACCAGACAAACAUCUCAUGAUUGUGCCUCUGAUAACAAGUUUCUCAGAAAUUCAGGGGAAAAGCUAACAGGACAAAAAUGCCAACUUCUUAUUAUGGGAGGAGGAAAAGAAGCUAAUGAUGCACCUCUUAAAGAAAUAACAAGUCAGAAUUCUAAGAUUUUAGAUAAAGAAGCCAAAGAAGUAAUAGAUGGUAAAAAAGAGAUUGUGAAGAAUUCUCAGUUAAAGAGUCAGUCUGAACUUAACAAUACUAACUUGCAACAGUUAAUUUCUCAAAGGCAUUCAACCCCCCCAGAUAGCAAAAUCACACCAGAACCCUCAAAUUCAAGCUGUACUACAAUAAUGAAGUCAUUAGCUAAAACAUUUGAAACCAAAAUGAACAGAGGGUCUGAUGAAAGAAUGACCACUGUGAAAUCAAGUGACCUGAAAGAAUUGGAUGAGCAUGGGAGUGAUGAAGAAAUGGAUGGGAGUGAGAGUGAUGAAGAAGUGGAGGAGGGUGGGAGUGAUGAAGAAAUGGAGAUGGGUAGGGGUGAUAAAGAAGUGGACGAGGGUGGGAGUGAAGAAGUGGACGAGGGUGGGAGUGAUGAAGAAGUGGACGAGGGUGGGAGUGAUGAAGAAAUGGCAGUGGGUAGGGAUGAUAAAGAAGUGGAGGAGGAUGGGAGUGAUGAAGAAGAGUGUACAAUAAUAGAUGUUGGUGAAGCCACAUAUGAAAAAAGGGAUACAGAUUUUGAGUGUGAUGCUGAGCUCCAUAAUUUGAAGUUGGACACACCUCAGAAUAAAGAUGGUUCUAUUUCAUUAGUUCUCAGCAGUGAUGAAAGCCAGCAGUCUGAAGACAGUGAGGAUGAAGAGGAUACUGUGUGUUUUGUUGACAGUUGUGGUCAGCAAGAAUCAUUAACUAGAGACUCUGAAAAUAUGUCAUGUGACAAUGCCUUAUUUGUAAUUGAUAAAACUCCUGGAUUGAGUUCUGGUAAAAAUUUUUACUUGGAUGGGGAAGACAAGGCAAGUGAGGUUGUUGCCACUGAGGAAGAAAGAGAUGAGGAAGAAAGAGAGGGGGAUGAGGAUGAAAAGAGUGAAGAAUCAUCAGACCAUGAACAAAGUAAAGAUAGUGAGUUUAGUGAUGAAGAUGACUUACUCAAUAACACAAAAUCUAAACUCCUGAAGUUGACAAGCAGCAGCAUAGACCCUGGUCUAAGUAUCAAGCAACUGGGUGGUUUAUACAUCAGUAUCAAUGCAGAUAAGCUACAGUCAAAUAAGAAAACCCUGACACAAAUUAAGGAAAAAAAGAAAGAUGAGCUUCUGCAGAAAGCUGUCAUCACACCUGAUUUUGAGAAAAACUACACUGUCCCACCAUACCGUGAAUCACAGUAUCAACUUCAGAAAAAACGCAGGAAAGAAAAACAAAAAACAGCAGGUGAUGGCUGGUUUGGCAUGAAAGCUCCAGAAUUGACAGACGAACUAAAAAAUGAUCUCAAAGCACUGAAGAUGAGAGCUAGCAUGGACCCAAAAAGGUUUUAUAAGAAAAAUGACAGGGAUGGCUUCCCCAAAUACUUCCAGAUUGGAACUAUUGCUGACAAUCCAGCUGACUUCUACCAUUCACGAAUUCCCAAGAAACAGAGGAAGAGAACUAUUGUGGAAGAGCUGUUGGCUGAUUCUGAGUUCAGAAGAUAUAACCGAAGGAAAUACUCUGAGAUCAUGGCUGAGAAAACAGCAAAUGCUGCAGGAAAGAAGUUUCGGAAGAAGAAGAAAUUUCGAAAUUAAACUUUGCCAAGCAAAAUCACAGUCUCAUCAUUAUUUAUUACUAAUUAUGUUUUUGAAGACUAAUGCCAUCACAUAAAUUAAAAUAUACCGGCCCUUUUACAUUGAAAUUUUAUUGGGGAAAAGAUGACUGAGACAGUCACAUGCCCACUGCAACAAAAAUAAGUCUGUCUACAAAAGACCCAGUCAUGCUUGGUAGACCUUUGGUUCUUCCCGUAACACUGGGGUUUGAUCGCAAGGCCUGACACAUGCAAGGCAGGUGCUCUACCACUGCACUACAUUUGGAAAAUACAAAGAUUGCUGACAUACUCAGAAAAGAAAUAUAAUCCAAGAUAUCUAAAUCUUGUGCUCAAUGUGUAAAAUGUGUUUUGUGGAGAAACUAGGCAGGAAAUGCCCUUUUUCUAGCUUCAAGUGCAGAUGUAGGUCAUUGGAGAGGUUAGGAUCCUAUUGCCAACAUAAAAAUAAUAGUCUGAAUAUUUGACAAAGCUACAACGAAGAAAAAGAUUUAAACUAUAAGACAGGCUAAGAAAGUUUGAGUUAAAUGUAGAAGCAGCAAAGGAGAUCUUUUUCUUCCUUGACAGUUGGAAUAGGAAGAAAUACAGAUUAUAUCGAGACACAGUAUUGUGUUCCAGGUGAACUACUGUUAAAUUAAUAUUUUAACUGGACCAGGAAGCAGUGCCACAGCAUAUCUAAAGUGGCACAGGUGUGCAGCUGGCUAAGCUAUUAUGGGGCACACAAGGAGUACCAGGCAUUUCUUGUUGCUUCCUCUACCCUAUAUGGUGACCCUUUCUUCCUUAAAAUUUCAAUAAUUUUAAUCUUGUGGUUCAUUUAGGAAUAAAAACAAUGUAGUAGAAGAAUUGCUGUUCAUGGGUAGAGUGAAGAAAGUAUACGUAUCUAGGCUUUUUGUGGAAAUACUUGGGGACUGGCGAUGGGGCUCAGCAGUAGGGCACUUAGGAUGAGGUAAGUGGAAAACCCUGGAUCAAUUCCUGGUAUUGCAAGAAAAAUAUUCAACACUAUUAAGUUUUGCCUCUGCUGGGUAAAUGAACCUGUUAGAAUUUUCAGAAAACACAACAGACAUUUCUUUUUUAAUUUUGUUCGGGGGCUGGGGGACACACCCAUUGGUGCUCAGGUGUCUCCUGGCUCUGCACUCAGGAAUCACUUCAGGGGACUAUGCAGGACACGGGAUCUAACCCUGGUCAGCUGCACGCAAGACCCUACUAUCACUUCAGCCCUCAGAUGUUUCUUUGGCUUCUGUUAAUAGACAAAAGUUGCCAAUUACUUCAUUUUACUCUCCACAGACAAUCAAAGACAUUUUUCUCAGGCUUAAGGCAUCUGAUUUUCAUGCUGGCUUCCAACACAUGAAUACUAGAACAGGCUGAAUAUUUUGACUCAAACCUGCAGUUGAGGCCAAUACUUGACAAAAACUAGCACGUUUUGUAGGAAACCCAGGUGAGCCACCACUUAAUUUUUCCAUAGCCACGCAAGAGCUUUCUGGAAUAAAGGCAUCAAUGGGAAAAAGAACACUACUUUACUGCCAGGUCCAGCUCUGGUUCAGAACUUCAGAGGUUCUCACAUUAUUUUCAAUAAUUAGACUUUCAUUCUGCUGGAUUCCUUUUUGUAAAAUGUGCACUUUUAGUAAGCCAGUUUAGUAGAGUAUCAAGUUAAUAUUGUAAAGGUCAGAUGAAAGUCUUAGUUCCUUUCCGUCUUUGUAUUUGUCUUGCUUUCUAAAGCAAAGCAACUCUAUUUAAAUAGGUUUUAAAUGGGGCUGGAGAGAUAGUAUAGCAGGUUGGGUGUUUGCCUUGCACACAGCUUACCAGAGUUCAAACCCCGACACCUGAUAGGGUCUGCUGAGCCCAGGCAGUGGUGAUUCCCGAGCACAGAGCCAGGAAUAAGCCUUGAGCACCACUGGGUGUGGCCCAAAACACAAAAUUCUUCAAUGACUGGUUUAUUAUUAAACUCUGCUGAAUAUUUUAGGGCUUAAUUAGGAUGCAAGAAGUACUUCAUGCCAACAGAAGAGCUAUGUAGGGGUCCAGAAGAUGACUGGAAGGGCCGGAGCAUGUGGCAUCCCGGGUUUAGAUGGUCCCAGGUAUCACCAGGUAUGGCCAAAACAAAGGAAAGCGUGACCAAUGGGUCCACAUUGACUAACCAAAAAAAGGUGUGAUGGGGGGGGGGUGGAAGACUGGUAGAAUAAGACUGGCUGAAGCAUGAAAUCACAGGUUCAUUUGUACAAAAAUCAUUGUAUAAAAAUUUGUACAUUGUAUAAAAAAAUCAUUGCACAAAAAUUUAUACAACUGGUUAUAGUAGCCAGAAAGCAGACAAAUCCAAAAGUCAUUCAGCUUACUGGAGAAUCUAAGAAGGUAUAUUUGUGCUAAUAUUAUAUUCUUCUGCAGUAAAAAAGAAUGAAGUACUGAUUCAUGCCACAAGAAUAAAUCUUGAAAAUCACGUGCCAAGUGAAAGACUUCAUCCGCAGGAUAUUUGGCAUAGUGUGUGGAGUCAUAGAGACUGUAAUCUUCCUGCUGUGGUGAGAACAGGAGCUAAAGACAAGAUAUUGGGCCCCAAGCAGAGUGGGUGUCUCCCCCCAAAAAAACUGAACAAAGCAUAGCUAAAACCUAAUGCAUAGAUAGGUCUUACCUUUAAAGACUUA